GAAUUGAUGGGUGCUCGAUAGAUUGGACAGGAAAAGAAUCAAUGGAAGGGUUUUUAAUAGCCAAAUAAGUUGUCAAAAAAGAAGAAGAAGAAAAGAAAUGAAGGAAGGAAGGAUCCUAUCUUUGAAAUGGCUAAAUUGACAAGUCAUCAGCUUUAUGUUCUUAAUUUUAUGAUCUCAUGCCAGAGGAAUCAUCACUUCACGGCUUGUAAACAAAGAAACUAGCUAGUUAGUUUAGUGGCAAGUGUAUGGAUUGGAUUCUGGAAAAACAAUGUCUCCUUUAACAAUAUUAUGGAUUUCAAACAUGUGAAUGAGUGGAAUUGCUUUCCCCGCCGCUUAUUGGAUUUGAACCCUCUCUUUCACUCACCCAGGUUGAUCCAGUGACCUGCAACAUACUAGCUAGAAAUGACUUUGCUUUGAUACAUAGUAGUAUAUCAUGUGAUCCAAUCAUAAACCCCUUCAACAGGGAGCAUCUGAGCUGAAGUUUUCUGGUUUGAGGCAAAUGCUUGGAUUUUGUUGUCUUCCAUAUUAUGAUGUUUUGAAUAUUGAUAAAACGGGAGAUAUCUAUAAUGAAGCUUGUUCGACAUCCUUAUGUCGUGCGCCUGCAUGAGGUUUUAGCAAGCCGAACAAAGAUUUAUAUAAUAUUGGAAUUCAUUACAGGUGGUGAAUUGUUUGAUAAAAUUGUGCAUCAUGGACGACUUAGUGAGGCUGAAGCUAGGAGAUACUUUCAACAGCUUAUUGAUGGUGUGGAUUAUUGCCACAGUAAGGGAGUCUACCACAGAGAUUUAAAGCCUGAAAAUCUUUUACUCGAUUCACAAGGAAACUUGAAGAUUUCUGAUUUUGGUCUGAGUGCACUGCCUGAACAAGGAGCUAGCUUGUUGCGGACAACAUGUGGAACUCCUAACUAUGUAGCACCAGAGGUACUCAGUCACAAGGGUUAUGAUGGUGCUAUCGCAGAUGUGUGGUCCUGUGGAGUCAUCCUUUAUGUUCUGAUGGCAGGAUAUCUUCCAUUUGAUGAGCUUGAUCUCACCACAUUAUAUAGCAAGAUUGACAGAGCAGAAUUUUCUUGCCCAUCUUGGUUUCCAGUGGGAGCUAAAUCUUUGAUUCAUAGAAUUUUGGACCCGAAGCCUGAAACACGUAUUACAGUUGAACAGAUUAGGAAUGACGAGUGGUUCAAGAAAGGUUAUGUUCCUAUCAAACCUGUUGAGUAUGAAGAUGUGAACCUUGAUGAUGUAAAUGCAGUUUUUGAUGAUCCCGAGGAGCAAAGGGCUGAUGAACAACACGGGAAUGAGGAGAUGAGUCCCUUGAUUCUUAAUGCAUUCGACUUAAUAAUUUUAUCUCAAGGCUUGAAUCUUGCAGCCCUAUUUGACCGUGGGCAGGACUCUCUGAAGCAUCAGACACGCUUUGUUUCAAAGAAGCCAGCAACUGUUGUAUUAUCAAGCAUGGAAGUUGUUGCACAAUCAAUGGGUUUUAAGACUCAUAUUCGCAAUUUUAAGAUGAGAGUGGAAGGUCUUUCAGCUGAUAAGGCUGGUCAUUUCUCAGUUAUUCUGGAAGUAUUUGAAAUCGCUCCAACAUUUUUAAUGGUAGAUAUCCAGAGAGCUGCUGGAGAUGCCGCUGAAUACCUCAAGUUCUACAAGAAUUUCUGCAGCAAUCUUGAGGAUAUCAUCUGGAAACCAUCCACCGAGUCGAGCAAAUCUAGAAUGACCAAGUCAAAGAGCAAAAGGCGCUGAUUUCAUUUCCUGGAUCAUCAUCAUGUUGCAGUACCAGUGUUUUGAUGCAUGCUGCUGAUUAUGCAUAACUGUACUGACAUCUCUCGGUGAUGUGGUCUUAGCUUACAUAACCCUUCCUUUUAUGUCAUCUAACACCUCCACCUCUCCCAUGUUCCGGAAGGGUAGAAAAUAUGUGUUUUUGUUUUUGUUUUUUCUUUAUGAUUUACUGUGUGUAUCUUUGUUCACUUGAGUUCCACCAUUGUAAUGCUGUUUUGUAGCCAUAACAUGUAACAUUUAUAUAUAUAUGUAUGUUAAAAGGAUGAAUUGAUAAUGAAGUUUUCAGUGAGAAUGUUCAA